UGAUAUUGGUCUUGGCUUCUCGCCGCUUUUUACUUUAAAUUGUAUACAGUAGCCCAUGACACAAAAUGAGCGAAAAUGUUCAGGGAACGUUCGUGUCGGAGAAAAUUUUCAAGAUACGAUGGAAACAUGAGGAUUUCGAAGAGGCGUCCAACUUUUUAACCGGCAGUUGGGACGAUCCGGUGAACAAGGUGACUCAUUGGACGUUUCAAGUAAACGAUGUUGGCGAGUCUUAUCCAGCGGUCGUUUCUUCCUAUCCGGUCCUUGGAGACGUAACUGAAAUUAAGUUUAUUUCAAGAGAUUUCUUCGUCGUCUCCACAUCUACAGGCACUGUUAGACUACUACAGAUCCAAGAAAAUCCAUAUUCACAGUUUAAGGAACACGUGUCCUGGGAACUCAUACACAAAUUCAAUAAAACAUCUGAUUAUGCAUCUUGUACAGCGAUGUCUACUUUUGAACAGGAUGUAGUCUCUGUGGGAGAAGAUGGAAGGAUUAAUCUUUUGACAGCUGCGCAAAAGAAGCCAGUUAGAGUAAUUGACGAGGCUGACAGUUGUUCUAUAUAUUGUGUUGAUUUCUUAAGACACAACGAGAUACUUACAGGAAAUCUAAGAGGGCACAUGAAAGUCUGGGACUUGAGAAGCAAUCAAGACCUGCCCGCAACAACAUUUAUGCUCUCAGAUCAAGCAAAAACAGAAGCCACAAGCAUUGCACAUCAUCCAACACAGAGGCACAUUGUUGUUGCUGGUGGUGGUGAUGGUAGUUUAACAGUAUGGGAUUUGAGACAUAACACCUAUCCAAUGACCCAACUCAAUGCUCAUGCUAAGGCUGUUAGUGAAAUACUGUUCCACCCUGACAGACCUGAAAAUCUAUUUACAUGCUCACAUAGUGGCGAAUUGUGGCACUGGAAUAAUUCUCAACAAUCAAAAUUGAGUUUAGAUCCAACAAACACACAUUGGUUGAAUUCAAUAGGGACAAACGGAAAAGUAAAUGUAAUGUCGCUUUGCAGUGCCAUGCACAAGCCAAUAAACAGUAUUGACAUAAACAGAUCAACUUUAUUAUUUGGAUGUGAUAACGAAGCAAUGUACAUUAUUAAGAACAUAGCUCUUUAAUAGCUAUGCGUUUCCAACUGCAGUUUUUCUAAUUGUAAUAUAUCGAUAAAUAAAUAUAUUUCCAUUCCGAAUCCAUUCGUUUUUAUAGGAAUAUAAGAGGGUUUGAAACUGAAACCAAUUUUA